AUGUCGACCGCUACGCCAUUUUCCUACGCGCAAGCCGCGAGAGGCCGCACCACUUCGCAAGCGAGUCCGCAGACCACGAGCCCAGCCCCCUCGACGACCGGAUCUCAGUCGAAGGACGAGACCCCGGCCAACGUCCCCUCUCAAACAGCCAUCUCCGUCACUGCCAAUGGCACCGAUGUUAAGGAAGCAGAGCAGAAUGUUCAGCAGUCAGUCGAGAGUGCGGCCGUGAAACAAGAGUCUGAGGCUUCGUCAGUCGCAGGCGGUCCCGCUCCUUCGACAACCUCAACCACAGAGCAGACUGGCAAAAAUGCCAACGAGAGUGGCAAGCAGCCUGAAUCCCGUCGCGGCGGCAACAGCGAGGACAAGAGCUCCCGUUCGACCAGCAGGACUUCACGGGUCAACGAUAGCUCAGAUGGCAGGAAAGGCCGCAAGGGUAAGAAGGGCCGGUCUGGUGAUAAGGACGAGCAAAACGAACCGAACCAGGAAGAGGAAGCCGAAAAGGCGAAGGAGCCGCCGAAGCCUGUCAUCCUCACUGAGGCCCCUGUGCCGACCGUCAACCCCUGGGCUCAGCGGAUGGAGGCUCAGAAGGCGAAGGCCAAACUUGCUGCUCAACAAGCGUCAGAGGCUUCCAGCGCUGCUGCUGGCGGCGAUUCUAAGACUCAAGAGACAGCUGGUGCUACCGUGAACGGCGACAAGUGGGCGAAGAAGCCCGGCGAGCAGGCUGCUCGGAGAAAUGGUCCUCGUGGUGGCCGUGCCAACGAUAAGGACGACAAGCCCCCCGUGGCGCUUCCUCCCGUUGCGGAUCCGGCAUCAUGGCCCGAUCCUAAAGCCGCUGCUGAGCAGCGUGACCAGGCAAAGAACAAGCAGAUUGAGAAGCAUGAGAAGAGCGAGAAUGCCGAGGAGAAGGGUCAAGAGGAGUCCGCUCCAUCCCGCAAGAAGACCUGGGAGAAGCUUGACAUUGUCCCCUCUGUGGUGUUCGAGACCCAGCUGCCCAUCCGCGGUUCGAAGCCCCGUGGUGGCGCGCGCGGUGGCCGUGAGGCUGGCUCAAUGCGCGGCAGCCACUCCAGCACAUCUGGUGGCGCCUCUCACUCUACUUCUAACUCUGUGAACGACAAGUCGGCAUCUUCUGGUGUCUCGGCUGGUGCGAGACCUGCGACUACUCGCCCCCGCGAGGGCAGUCUUCCUGUGCGUUCUGCUCCUCAGUCUCAGCAGGCCCAGCCUUCCAAGCGCGCUCCGGCCGAUGGCCCUUCUCGGGAGCAGCGCAAGCCGGCCGCCCCGGCAAACAGCAACAGCACAGCUGACCAGGCGCGCGACGCCCCUAGCGCUGACGCAUCUUCUGUAAGUCAUCCGCAUGAGGCGAGCGGCCGCCCUGCCCCACACAACCGCCAGUCUUCUUUCGCAGCAGGGGCUAAUCGAGGUUUCAAGGCCUCUAAGCGCAGCAGUGCUACCCGGGACAUCCGGACUGAGAACGGCGGUAGUGUCAACUCCGAGGCCGGCCAGGCGGCUGCCCGGUCAGCUCCUCAGGAGAGGACCAACUUCCAGGGUAGGAGUGACAACCACAACAACACGAGCGGCCAGUACCCGGCGAGAGACGGUCGCCCUGAGCGUGGCCGUGGUGGCUAUCGUGCCCGCGGAGGCCAUAACGGCGCCUCUUCGCACAUCUCAUCCGGCUCCUAUGCCGCCAACGGACACUACACAGCUCCGGGAGCCUUCGGGUCUCGUCAAAACCACAACCCUCACAGCCCUCCUGCUUUCUCGGGCCAGUAUGCUGGUCCUUUCGGCCACCCUGGUAGGGGUCGAGGAAACAAGUGGGCCGGUGCUGGCCAGUCGGCCGGCCGUGGCAACCACAGCGUGAGUGGCUUCCCGCCGAAGCCGGCUCAGGUCGCCGACUUUACCGUUCCUCAGUACACGCAGUACAUGUACACUCCUAUCUACGACCCGACCAUUUCCAUCCUCAAGGCCCAGGUCGAGUACUACCUCUCUGUUGAGAACCUCUGUAAGGAUUACUACCUCCGCCAGCACAUGGAUGGCCAAGGGUUCGUUCAUCUGUCUACCAUUGCCGGAUUCAAGCGGAUAAAGGCGGUGACAGAGGAGCUGGAACUCCUGCGCUUUGCUUGCUCGCUCUCGGACCAGAUUGAGUUUGGUGUUGGCGAGGACGGAAUUGAGCGUUUGCGCAUCCGCGAAAAGUGGCAACACUUCGUCCUGCCUGUUCACGAGCGUCUGGAGGCUUACCGCAACAACGGACCAACCAACUUUGUGCCUUACAUGAAGCCGGAUGCCGCUCAGUUCGCCAUCCAGUACCACGUUCCGUUCAUGGCGCAGCCCUACCCACCGGUCGCUGCUCCCGGUGCGUUCCCGGCCUACCCUGAGGAUCCCGCCCUCUUUCAGGUUGCCUAUGGCAACGGGGUUCACUACGAUCCUACUAUCGCCAUGAACGGUACGCAUGUCAACGGUGUCCAUGGUCCCCACGACUCUCGGCUGUCUGCUGGUGUUCCGGAAUAUGCUCCGCCCCAGUCUCCCGUGACUCUGGAAAGCAUGACCAAUUUCUCGGAUGCUCAAGUGGAGAACAUGAUGGUGAUCCUGGGCUACGAGGAGAAGGAGGAGUCGGGGGUUGCCGGCUACGUUUCCGAGAAGCCCGAGGUUGCUCCAAAUGAGGAUGCUCCCAUCUCUGCUGAGGCACAGAGCACCAAGGAGGCGUCUAAUACUGCGGCGGCCAAUACCGAGCCCCAGUCGGAGCGUGGUAUCGUCUGGGUUGCCGGAUCUUCCAAGGAGCAGCAGGAGCGUAAGCCCUAUGUCGAAAUCCGCAAGCUUGCCCUUGAGCAGCGUCAGAAGGCGCAGCCUGGUGAGACCCCAAAGGAAAUGCAGAAGCUUUACAAGUUUUGGUCUCAGAUGUUGCUCAACGACUUCAAUGCUAAGGUCUACACCGAGUUCCGGGAUUUCGCCAUGGAGGAUGCUUCUCGGGAACCGGCAUCCCGCUGUGGUCUGAAGUAUCUCCUGGAGUUCUUCGACAAACUCCUGCUUAAGACCAACACUCGCAAGCCGUGGCCUCAGGACCGUGCUGUGCCUGAGAUUUUCACGACUCACUUCCACGAGGCCGCCGAGCUCGACCGGAAGCUCGCUGAUAAGGAGGCUGCCGCAGCUACUGCGGCCAAUUGA